UGUGCGCUGACUCAGCGUUUGCUGGAGUUUGUGUCGGGCUUUCUCGAGAGUGGAGCGUCUUCUUCCCUUCCCGUAGAUCCGUCUUCAAAUCUUACUAAACAAAACACGCUUUGCUUUGAAUGGGCUCGUUGCUGUUGAGGAUGAGGAGCGUGACGGAGGAAGGCCAGCAGACGCGCGAUGACGCAUCAGAGCUGGGACGUGUGACAUCAUCAACGGCGUUGAGGCGUGCCCGCGAAGGCCUCGUCUGCGGCGCACGAGCUAGCGGAGCGCUACGCCGCCCUGCUGCGCCUGCCCGGGUCAGAGGUCGCGGAGGCUCUGGAGGUCAUCCGCGUGGGGGCGCUGAAGAGAGGCGAACGGAACCAGACCUUCAGGGAAAGCGGCGUGGCCACCGUGGAGCUGCUGCUGCCGCCACGGGACGGCGGCAAGAAGUCCAAAAUGUCGAUGGAGACCCGGCUGGACGUGUGCGCUCAGGAGCUGAUGGACAGGAUCGCGGAGGAAGUCGGUCUCGCGUCCUUCAAAGUCAUCCUGAAUGGCAGGACCCUGAACGCCGGUCAGCGCCUGGACCAGCAGGGGGUGGGCAACCACAGCAGGAUGAUGGUCCUGAAGGCCUUCGACGCCGCCUCGGCUCCCGCGGACGUCGGGCGCGCCCACAGAGGCUUCCGAAUCCUGUCCGAGAGAGACGGCAGCGACGACCUUCAGGACGCGCCCUUCCUGGAGGUCGCCGACCAGAAGGGGACCCCGCUGAAGAUCCCCCAGCGGGAGAAGAAGGCGCUGAUCCUCGCCAUGGGCCUGCACGAGAAGGGGCGGGCCCUCAUGAAGAGGAAGCGGCACGACGACGCGCUCUGUCACCUCCUGCAGGCCGACGUCCACUUCAGCGAGUGCGGCUCGGCGCUGCUGGGCGUGGUGGACAACCACGGCGUGCUGCAGCUGGACAUCGUGUGGUGCUACCAGGCCUCGGAGGCGCUGUCGUGCCUGGACGACGGGCGCCAGCGCCUGCGGCUGGCCGAGGACUGCUUCGUCAGGUGCUACGGCGAGCGGCGGCAGAGGCUGCUGGUCAUCAAGGGCAACACGGGGCAGGAGGACGUGCUGUUCCUGCGCCUGCGCCUGCUGCAGAGCCUGCUGGCCUUCGUGGACGGCGACGACCUUCAAGCCCGCCAGCGACUGGAACAGGUACGACGUCGUCGGUUUCAAAAUGCCGCCGAUCGACGACUCGCCUGUCGGGCUCCAGUUUGCGCGCCGCCGGUCGCCUUGGAGUUUCGCGUGUGCGUCAGGUGGAGUCGCUGUACGCGCGUUUGAGUCCCGACGCCGACAAAAUGACGCAGCUGAUGGUGCUGGGCUUCAGCGAGAGAGAAGCGCGACUGGGCCUGCGAGCGUCCCGCGGCGACGUGCAGGAGGCCGCCUCGCUCGUCGGCCGUCGCAGGCGGGAGCGCGAGGAGCUGAGGCGACGCGAGCGCCAGAAGAGGAAAAAAAACAAGGAGAGUUUGGCCGUCCUGGCGGAGGCGGGCUACGGCGCCAGGGACGCCGCCGCCGCGCUGCGCCGGGCCAACGGAGACCUGGAAAGAGCCUUCCAAAUCCUGCUGGACGCCAGCCAGGCGCCGCCCACGUGCGAGGCAAACCUGGACCAGAAGCUGCAGCAGUUGUUGUAUUUGGGCUUCGAGCGGUCAGCGGCGGAGGCGGCGUUGGCGUCGACGGGCGGAGACCUCCAGUCGGCCACCGAGCUGUUGAUUGACAAUUGGGGGGCGGGGCCCUCAGAGGCCGCGCCCCCCUCGGAGGACGAGGAGCCCGGCACGUCUUCGGGCUCCGCGGACGACAGCGAGCUGGUGAACGAGGUCCUGGAGGACAUCCCGGGCGACGAGGACGACUACUUGGAUCCGACGCUGGAGGAGGAGCUGCAGCUCCUCAACGCCAUCAAGACCCACCUGGCGCGCUCUCCGGACCAGUGAGCGGGUCGGACCGGCGCUCGCUCGGGAGGUUCUGCGUUCCAAUCUGUCCGCGGAGGACCUCGGAAGUUGACCCGGCGCUCCGGAAGAGGCCAGACCUGCGACUGGACCGCGACUCGCCAAUUUGAACUCUUUUCUAAACAAACCUUUGGGGUGUCGACUGCAGUUGUGGCAAAUAAAGGCGGCUCUGGUUUUGGGUUCCUCCCAGAUCACAAAACGGCGUCGAGUGCCAGACGCCGACUUGAAACUUUCAAUACGGCUCGACCCGGCGGGGUUUGCGGUCGACCUCGCGUUCGAAUCCCGGCCUCGGCGGGCUUUUCUCUUCGACCGACACUUGAGAACGCAGCAAAGGGUUCGGUGACUUUCUUUAUUCUGCUUUUUUUUGGACUCCAGAGAAUAGAAAACUUUGCACCUGUUCGGCGAUCGUCUACAAAGUUUGACUUUUAUUAUUUGGAUUUGUUUUUUUUGAAUACACGCAGUGGUUAUGUAAGCUACAGGAUAGAUUUGUCAUGACAUCACGUUCUAAAAAAACUAAAUAGACAAAUUUGAUAUAUUAAAUGUUGAAAAUCCUUCA